UCAACAGAAAGCAAGCGCGCUCAUGCUCUCUCUUCGACUUCGAUCUUCUCACACUUGGAACGACGACGUUUGAUUUCAUCUCCGAUCAGUGAAUGUUGAAUAAUAUGGAAAAUGAGAGACGGAAUAAUAACAAAAAUGAGGAUGCGAGAAUGCGAGGGUUUAGGCCUAGUUUGAGGGCUAUGAUGCUUGUGAUUGCGGUGAUAUGGGUUGGUGUAGCUGCUUUGUAUGGUUUGUUGAAGCCUGUAUCGAACGGAUGUAUUAUGACAUAUAUGUAUCCGACUUAUAUCCCGAUUUCCACCAGAGAGGGCGUCUCAUCUGUGAAGUACGGGUUGUAUUUGUACCAUGAAGGUUGGAGAAAGAUUGAUUUUAAGGAACACUUGAAGAACCUAAAUGGAAUUCCGGUUCUUUUUAUUCCAGGCAAUGGUGGCAGCUACAAACAGGUGCGCUCCUUGGCAGCUGAAUCUGAUAGAGCUUAUCAAGGAGGUUCACUUGAACGUACAUUCUAUAGAGAAGCUUAUCUAACUUCUGAGGAGGGAGGGAAUGUGGAUGUGGCUGACUUUCAAUUACCCAACCGAUAUGCUAACAGGCUCGAUUGGUUUGCUGUGGAUCUUGAGGGUGAACAUUCUGCAAUGGAUGGUCGGAUACUCGAAGAGCACACUGAAUAUGUUGUAUAUGCUAUUCAUAGGAUUUUGGAUCAAUACAAAGAAUCCCGUGAUGCUCGGAAAAGAGAGGGUGCUGCAACCACUGGUAGUUUGCCAAAAAGUGUCAUAUUGAUUGGCCACUCUAUGGGUGGUUUUGUUGCUAGAGCUGCAACUAUCCACCCACAUCUAAGGAAAUCUGCAGUUGAGACUAUUCUCACUCUUUCAAGCCCCCACCAAUCACCUCCUGUGGCAUUGCAACCAUCCCUAGGUCAUUACUAUGAAAGUAUAAAUCAAGAAUGGAAAAAGGGGUAUGAGGUUCAAACCACUCAGACAGGGCAUUAUGUGUCUGGUCCAGCACUUUCUCAUGUAGUUGUUGUUUCCAUUUCUGGUGGUUAUAAUGAUUAUCAGGUACGCUCAAAAUUAGAAUCACUUGACAGUAUUGUGCCCCCCACUCAUGGAUUUAUGAUAAGCAGUACGAGCAUGAAAAAUGUAUGGCUAUCUAUGGAACAUCAAGCUAUUUUGUGGUGUAAUCAACUAGUUGUGCAAGUGUCACAUACUCUCCUUAGUUUGAUAGACUCCAGAACAGGUCAGCCUUUGCCUGACACUCGACAAAGACUUGAAAUAUUUACAAGGAUGCUUCGUAGUGGAAUUCCGCAAAGUUUCAACUGGAAGAUGCAAUCACAGUCAUCCUGGUCAACUCAUGUUCCUGUGAAGGAUGUAAAAGACACUGCUGGUUCCCAAGUGCAUAACUUAUUUGACUGUCCUAGCAGUGUCCAUUGGAGUGAUGAUGGCCUUGAGAGGGAUUUGUAUAUUCAGACAACAACCGUCACUGUUUUGGCCAUGGAUGGGAGAAGGCGGUGGUUGGACAUAGAGAAAUUGGGGUCCAAUGGCAAAAGCCACUUCAUAUUUGUGACAAACCUUGCUCCUUGUUCUGGAGUCCGAAUUCAUCUCUGGCCUCAAAAGGGGAAAUCAUCUUCAGACUUGCCUGCUGGUAAAAGGGUUCUGGAAGUGACAUCAAAGAUGGUGCAAAUUCCUGCAGGACCAGCACCAAGGCAGAUUGAGCCUGGCAGUCAGACUGAGCAAGCACCUCCAUCCGCGGUACUUCAUUUGGGUCCUGAGGAAAUGCAUGGCUUCAGAUUCCUGACUAUCUCAGUUGCACCUCGUCCGACUAUUUCAGGGAGGCCUCCGCCAGCCACUUCCAUGGCAGUUGGGCAAUUCUUUAAUCCAGAUGAAGGGGAGAUAGAGUUCUCUCCUAUAUCGAUGCUUCUGGCAACUCAUUCGCAUAAGGAUGUAUUGUUGAAGGAGGACCACCCACUUGCCUUCAAUCUAUCAUUUGCAAUUAGUUUAGGUCUUUUGCCUGUUACCUUCUCUUUGAAAACUGCUGGCUGUGGAAUAAAAGAUUCUGGGCUUCUUGAUGAAGCUGGAGAUUUGGAAAACACUAAGCUUUGCAAGCUGCGCUGUUUCCCACCUGUAGCACUUGCUUGGGAUCCCACAUCAGGUCUUCACGUAUUUCCAAAUUUGUACAGUGAGACUCUUGUUGUUGAUUCCUCCCCAGCACUUUGGGCUUCGACUGGAACAGAGAAAACCACUGUUCUCUUACUGCUUGACCCACAUUGUUCAUAUAAGGCAAGCAUAGCUGUUUCUGUAACUCCAGCGGCCAGCAGAUUUUUGCUUCUAUAUAGUUCGCAGAUAGUUGGGUUCUCUGUUGCUGUUAUACUUUUUGCUCUGAUGCGACAAGCACAUGCAAGGCCAAUUCCUUCUAUACUGAAAGCUGUGGAGUCCAACCUAAAAAUACCAUUCCCAUUUUUGCCUUUUGCUGUAGUACCCAUUUUGGUUUCCUUGUUCUUUUCCUUUCUAACAUCUCAACCAUUUCCUCCAUUCUUUAGCUUCACCAUUGUGUCAAUGAUUUGCUACCUAUUUGCAAAUGGGUUUGUAAUUCUACUGAUAUUAGUUUCCCAGUUGGUCUUCUAUGUGGCUGCCUCUAUACAUGUUCUCAUAAAGAGGAGGUGGCAACUAUGGGAAGGAAAUUUUUGCUUUUUAUUUCUGCAAUGGUUUAUGAAUCUUUCUUCCAAGUUCUUUUCAUUAAAGGUGGUAAGGGUUCUAAGAGCCAAUCCAUUAUUCAUUCCAAUAUCAGCAGCAAUUGUUUUGUCUACAUUUGUACAUCCAGCACUUGGCCUAUUCAUACUGAUCUUGUCUCAUGCUUUGUGUUGUCAUAGUUCGCUGUGCAAUUCUUUGACAACCUCAUUUCGCAGCCAUGCAAGGAAAAAGGAAUUGUCUGAUUGCAAAGGUGAAGGCAAUUAUUUGUCUCAGCAGUUUGCAUCCAAACCUGGUUCCCCUUCUAAAGAAAACAGCUCCAGUUAUGGUCAGACACAAGAGGAUACCUUCCACCACCGGCAUGGCUUACUGAUGCUUCAUCUUCUUGCAGCACUAAUGUUUGUUCCCUCUCUCGUUUCUUGGUUGCAGAGAAUAGGGAUGCAUCAGAGCUUUCCAAGGUUCCUGGAUUCAUUCCUUUGCAUUUGUUUGAUCCUUCAUGGUAUCUUUAGUUCAGAGUCGUUGCUAAGUUCCUCGUUGCCCUUUCCACGCAUCCUGGGUCAGGAAGUGAGACUGAAUUUCGUCUACCUAAUUGCCGGAAUGUACUCCUAUUUAUCUGGUCUGGCUUUGGAACCUUAUAAAGUGUUUUAUGCCAUGGGUGCCGUUGGGAUCGUAUCCUUUGCAUUGAGUAUCUUACAGGUAUGGACAGGAGCACCGCGGUUCGGAAGAAGACGGCAUUGGCACAGACACUAGGAGAAGUGCAUUUGAAGCAGCCACAUGAUUGACGACAAGUCAGAUUGGAGGUUCAUCCAAACCCCCAUUUUUUUGCAGAUGAGCUUUGGGACAAGGGGAAAAGAAUUUUUUUGUUGUGAUGGUAAACGGCAGGUCCCAUUUAUAUGUGGCUGUCCCCUCGUUGAGUACAGACAGUCCUGAUUCGAAAGCAUUUUGUUUUGAGGCCAUUCUGAUCAUGUAAUUUGCUUUUCGAUUGGAAUGAAAGGGAUUGAUUUUUUUAGCAUUUUCUUUUGAUAAAUUAAUUGUGAUGAACCUUUUCACCA